AUUCGACAAAACUGUUACGACGAAAUACUGACUGGCGUAAAAACAAUAGUCGAGAAAUGUCUAAACGAUAUUGAAGGAAAAUAUCGAGGUAAAAUAGAUGAACUCGAAUCUGAAAUUAAUAAACGUGAUUAUACAAUAAGCACACUGUGUGAACAAUUCAAUCAGAAACUUUGCGAUCAGCCCGUCGACGAAGGAAAAUUAGGAUCAUUACUUGAUAAUUAUUCAAAAAAUAUAGAAGAGGACGAAGAAAAUCCAUUUAUAAGAAAUGAUUCUGUAGAUACUGUCAUGUGUCCAAAAGUUUCUUCGUUCAACAGUUUAUCCCCAUUCAGUAUAGAUGACUCAAGUUGUUAUAACCCAAAUUCCAGUAGCCCAGUGUUGUUCUCGAGUAAGUCUUGGGAAGACCGGUCGGAAGAAGAGAACUUGGAACUCCGAGAUUUGCCCAAGUCAAUCAUUCCAGAACCAUCAUGGCAGCACGAUGAGACCAGAAUUGAUAUGAAUUGCACAGACGACGAAGAAGAAGAGUUUCCACCCAGGUGGGAGAACUGGGAAGCGGAGAUGUUAGUGGGACACACUAGUCACAAUGAUCUCCACGCUGGCCCAGAAAUUUUCAGCCGAAGGUCUUUGGACGAAAAUAGUAUGAUCAUACACAGAGGAUUUCAGGGACGGAGGAGGUGUUUGUCGAUUGAUAACGUGCCAUUUUCCAAUUCGAUAUUAAGAAAUUUUGGACAAUACGUCCGUUUGGGAGGCAGUUCGUCACAAACGUCUUCGCCCGAUAUACUGCCGACCAUAUCGAAGAGUUGUUUUUCGUUGGUAUCGCAGCCCGAAAAUUAGAUUYAAUUUAAACCAAUUAUUAUUAUUAAUAUUAUUAUUGUUGUUGUUGUUGUUAUUGUUGUUAUUUUUGGAUAGUAGACAUUUUACCAUAACAGGAUAGUUGCAUGGUUCUAUCAUGACUAUAUUUAUUAUUAUUGUUCGUAAUAUUUUAGUAACAUACGAAUUUAUUUUUAAAUUAUUGGAACAUGUUGCCACUGCAGCAUUGUGCUGCAUAACACAAUUACAAUUACAGUCAAAUAUGUUAAGAAUAGGGACCAAUUAAAAUUWAAAUUUAAAUUUCCGUUAUAUUCAAUGACAUAGAAAUGCAUAAUUAUCUACAGAUACCAUAAACUAUAAAGUACUUAUGCAGUAUAGAAUUUUAUUAUGAUUGAUUAUUUUUUAUUAUUUUUUAUUUAAAAUCUGUUUGAASAAAUUGUUUUAGCUAGUAAUGUAAAUGUAUGAAAUAUUUGGUURAUGGCAAAAAUCUAUUUAUUUUGAAAAAAUGUUCGGAUUCAUAGAUAAAUGAUGAAUAGUUAGAUUAACUACUAAAUUAUUAAUUAAUUAACUAAAAUUUUAUUUCUACAUGUGAAGUAAUUCAAAUAAAUUAUUUACUCUAUAUUUAUAGUUUUGGUGAGGCCUUAGGUGACAAUGAAAAACAUGAUAUUAUGCAUGUGAAACGUAGAAUAUUUAAUUUCAAAAUAAACUUUAUGUCUUACACACACGUAUUUCGUACAUUUCUAGUCGAGGUCUUUAGAACAAAAAAAGCCCCAAUUGUUUAAAAAUAUCAUCGGUUUAUUUGGAAUCAAUUUUUAUCCAGUAUGAAAUUCAAUUUUUUAAAUAUUUAUAUUAAUAUUUAAUCUGCUGAAUUGAGUAAUUAGAUUCUAAGAUCCAACACAAUUGGUUUUUUUAUUAUUUUUCACUAAAUAAUUUGGCAUUCAUGAACAAGUUCGUAAGGCAAAAAGUACGAUAUUACUAUGCAACUACUCUAAUCCUGUUAUAAUAUAUUAUAUUACGCUUGACCUAUUUUUUGUUAUUAWAAUAUAUU